AACAUGAGGAGAACGUGUUUUAUAAAACAUGUCAUUAGCAGUGACCAACUCUUAUAAUUAGAUUUUGGGAGAGAUAGAAAAGUGUUUUACCAAAAGUGGGCUUUUGACUAGAGAGAAGAGAGACAGAACAAGCAUAUCCAAAAGUUCAUAUCGAUUUAUUACAUUCUUGUACAUGUAUGUACUAAACUGAAGGAUUAGUUUGUUUCUGUCAAAGCUGGUUUUGUCGAUUGAACAGUGAUGUCUCUGUUGGGUGUUUAUUCCAUCUGUGAGGUUGGCAAAGAUGCAGCAGGAGUUGCUGGUAUUUUAACUCCUUUUCUUUAUGGGGUGAUUUAUUCUGGUUGGAAAGAUUGAAAACUAGAUGAAAAAACUUUACUUUUUGAGAUUAAAUUUGGACCCAUCUCUGUGUUGAUCAUGAUAUACACUUCUUGGACUGCAGACCUACAUUUAGGAGAAUCAUCAGAAAUGGGUCAACAGAAAUGUUCUCAGGGCUGCCAUAUGUUUAUUCUCUCUUGAACUGCUUGAUCUGCUUGUGGUAUGGCACACCUCUUAUAUCACCUGAUAAUCUGUUGGUGACAACUGUUAAUACAAUUGGGGGAGUCUUUCAGCUUGUGUACAUAACCAUCUUCUUGAUUUAUGCUGAGAAAGCAAGAAAGGUGAGAAUGCUUGGAUUACUCUUAGCAGUUUUGGGCAUAUUUGUGAUCAUACUAGUUGGGAGCUUGCAAAUUGAUGACAGGGCAAUGAGACGGAUGUUUGUGGGACUCUUGAGUUGUGCUUCUCUCAUUUCAAUGUUUGCCUCUCCAUUGUUUAUAAUUAAAUUGGUCAUUCGGACAAAAAGUGUAGAAUUUAUGCCUUUUUAUCUUUCACUUUCCACCUUCCUGAUGAGCAUCUCUUUCUUUCUUUACGGAUUGGUCAGUGAUGAUACAUUCAUUUAUGUGCCAAAUGGGAUAGGAACUGUUUUAGGAAUUGUGCAAUUGAUAUUAUAUUUCUAUUACAAGAGUUCAUCCACUGAAAACUACAGACAGCCCUUGAUAGUAUCGUGUGAAUGAUCCAUGCUGGUGAGUGUUGGCAAAGUGGAGGCAUAGGCAAAUGCAUCAUGAUUGAUUAAGAUUUAUGGUCUUUUCGUCGGUGAGAUACUUCUCUGAAAUUAGUAGCAGCAAUUCUAUGUGUUUGAAAUGUUUUCCAUUAGUUGAAUGAGUGAAAUUUAUAGUGUUGUGUGUGAAGUUUUUCCACGCAAUUCAUGGAGAUGUGUGAAUUGCAUUGAAACUUUUCACUAUAUUUUAAUUUCAUUUCUGGCUGUGCCUUAUGUCAA